AUGGAGCCAGAAGUCGAAGACCUUGACAACAACGACAACUCAGUGCCUUGGUCAGGUUCAGAUGGUUCCCAGGAAUUUUGUGAGUCUUAUAACGAAGAUGAUGCCAGUGAUGAAGAGUACCCUUUAGACCCUCUCCCUGCUCGCAGAUCAAACACAGAUCUCGAGUCCCCAGAACGCCGUCAGUCACAGGACUGGGGACCUCCAGGUGAGCGACGCUCCCUGCGUGAGCUGAGUGGAAGUGAAGACGAUGUUUCAUACCAAGAAGAGGAUGACAUCUACCUCAGUGAAUCAAGAGAGUCCAUUACAGAGUCUCCUCACAUCCAAAGAUCACUGUCCCCACACCCUGAGCGCCCCGACUCGGAGCCACACACUGGCCAGAUAACACGUCAGCAUUCCUACUCAUCCUCCUCCUCUAUUGGCCGUGCUGCUGAUAUGACCCUGGCCUUGACCCUGGCCGCAGAGCAGCCCCAGGACCUAGGCAGUGGGAACAGGAGGGUUGAAUCUUCAGAGGAAGGAGGGAGUAGUGAAGCACCUCCUGCUUCUGUCUUCUUUGGAAUUUCAGAUGAGGCUGCUGAGCAGGCAGAGAAGUGGAACUCGGAGUCUGACACAGAUCUGUGCAGACCGGACAGGCACAGGGCAAGGUCCACACGGCUCGAUCACAGCGAGAGCCAAUCGGAAAGACACGUCAAGGAGACCAAAUCCAAAUGUAAGCGAAUUGCUCGGCUUCUAACGGAUGCACCCAACCCUCAAAAUAAAGGAGCCUUGCUGUUUAAUAAACGCCGUCAGAGAGUCAAGAAAUACACACUCGUGAGUUACGGGACUGGUGAGAACAAGCUUGACAGCGAAGACCAAAUAGAGGAGGAAACUGAAGAAGUUAGAUCAACUGGUUAUAACUUUGUGGCAACAAGUGAAUCCGAGCUCGAGGAGGAGUAUUCUGUUUAUCACCAGCAGCAUAAUUUAAGUCUGAAUUGGGGAAGUGUUCGAGAAAUGGAGGCACUACCAGAAACGAAAGGAAAGGGCGUUCUGAUGUUCGCCCAACGCCGCAAACGGAUGGAUGAAAUUGUGUCAGAGCGUGAAGAACAGAGGAAUAAAGCAUUACCUGUGGAGACGAUAACAGAACACGAACGUACAGAAGCACAGAAUAUUUCUGACCCUGAGGAAAUGUAUGUGCAUGCUGAUCAGGCCGACUACAUGGAUGCAAAUCUUAAGCAACAUGUAGAAUACCAAGAAGAUAUUCAACAGAUGAACCACCUAUCGAAUGUGCCAAGACCGUUGGUGCCAAACAGAACUGCAAAGCCCUUCCUUGGAUUUAAUGUCAGCACAACUGCUCCUGUCAUGCCUGGUGGCGAUGUUCCAGCGAUGAAGAAGCAUGAAUCAAGAUUCAGAGUACCUGUGCCUAUUAACACUAACCCACAUGUUUGGUCCCCCACUGGAGACAUUAUAGCCUCAAGAGAUGAGCGAAUAUCUGUCCCAGCGAUAAAGACCGGCAUCCUACCAGAAUCUAAAAGGAAAGCUGCUAAUAAACAGCCAUCAGCGCAAAAAUCUGAUCCUCACCUUCAAAACAAAGGGGACAGGAGGUCUUACAUUGAGCCUGAGGAGGACUUUUUUAGUCUCGGUGCUGAAGCUUGUAACUUCAUGCAACCCAGAACAGUAAAACUCAAACAUCCCCCUCCAGUUGCCCCAAAACCUACCAUCAACCCAUCCUGCCCACCUUGGAUGAGAAGGAGCCCCUCUGCCGAACCCUUUAUUCCACCAAGAAGUCCGGUUUCACAACCUUCUCACAGUCCUGCGGGGCCUCAUAGUCAGCAUUACUCACCACAGCAAGACUGGGCUCAGCCUCAACAGAUGGCCAACCACUGGGCACCAGAUCAGACUCAGGCAACACUUCAAACACCUGCCAGUGCCUGGGCUCCGGCCUCUUCUCAGCUUCAUCUUCAGCCAACCACAAAUAGCUGGAGUCAACAGCCGUCACGAUCCCCUGUGAGUAUGCAGGCCCGCAGUCCUACUUACAGCCCACAUCAACCAGCUUCACCCGCAAGGAGUAAGUUAGAAAGUGUCCCAAACUCAGUUGCCUCUUGCCCACCACAAGCAGGGAAACCAUAUGUCCAAAUGUCAAAAGCAUCGCUGUCUUCUCCAAAGGGUCGAGUCUCAGACAGAGGUAUCAAUCGGGCCGGUGAUGGUUCAACUAUGGCGGGAAAAGGCGCAGAGUUGUUUGCCAAAAGACAGUCCCGUAUGGAGAAGUUUGUUGUCGAUGCUGAAACGGUGCAAGCUCACAGAGCAAGAUCCCCCUCCCCUACUGCGUCCCUCCCUAACUCAUGGAGGUAUUCCUCCAUUGUCCGUGCCCCACCUCCUUUAUCAUACAAUCCUCUUCUUGCCCCUUUCUACCCUCCAUCAGCAGCCAAGCAACCCCCUUCUACAAGCCCCAAAAUCAAGCCUAAGACCAAACCAAAACCUAAAGCAGCCCCAAAGCACCUCAACUCCUUAGAUAUUAUGAAACAUCAGCCUUAUAAGUUGGACUCCUCGCUAUUCACAUAUGAUGCAGCCCCUGAGGCCAAAAGCCCCAGCCCCAGCCCCAAACCAACUUCAGCAUCCAAGUUUGAGGCUACCAAAAGCCUCAAACAAAGAUCUGCCCUUUCUCAUUCUCCUUACAAUGCCUCUGAGCUCGUUGUUCAAAGCGAGCCAGAAGUCCCCGCUAAGUCUCCUAUAUCGGUAAGUUCCAAACAUUCUUCUGCCCGCCCGCAAAACACAAGAUCAGCUGAGCCUCUUGCAACUGACAAGCACUUGGAUGAAAAGCACACUGUCACGCCGCCUGCAGCCCCUCACACAGGCAGUAAGCAAGCACCGGCCACCCGGCCCACAAGCGCAUCCUCCCAGCAUUCAUCUGUUGGUGACAGCAUAGCUUCAGCUUAUUCUCCUGCAUCUCUCAUUGCUAGAGGCGCACUUCAAAUGGCACCUCGCCCGAAGUUCUCUGCUAAGAAGCCAGCAGUGGCGAGCAAACAGUGGAGGCCUGUUGCUGUUCUUCAUUAGCUCUAAUACUGUAUUUGGUCAUGCGCUGGUGCAGUCACCACUGAGACGGUAGAACACAGUUACAUCUGCCCUGCAACUCGGUAGCAUCUUAACUUAACAGCUGGAAAUGGUUAGACGUUUGUCUAAAUGUAGGUCACAUCCAAAAUAGUUUACAGUACGCAGCUAUGAGGGUAUAUUUAGCUGGAAAUGUGAAGAAACCAUGUUGAAUGUACAACAAAGCAAAGCUUGCUUAAAAAUGUAAAUCAAUAGAAUAUUAAAUAAAAUAAAUACAGAAAUAAAUAAUUUUGCACAUUAUACCAUCUUCCUCAGAUGUGGGAGGUGCAUGUGUGCUUGAAAAAGGAAAUGUGAGACUAGAUAAUGUUGAGUGAUUCUCAGGAAGUGCUAAUACAUGUGCAAUAAUGUGUGCAGAGAGCCUCGUUCAACUGAGGUCUCUAGUUUGUUUUUCUUUUGUUGUUGAUUUUCUUUUGUAAAAAAAAAUGACUACUUGCAUGAAUUUUUUAUGUGUUAGUGGUUAUCACUGGCCCCAAAAACUACACACAACAAUGACAUUUACUAACAUAUUUAUUUAUUAAAUUAAUUAAUAUUCUGUCAUCUGGGAUAACAGGAACUCACAAUUAUAUAUGCAAAAUAUUCUUAAUUGUUUAGUGUGUCUGGGGAGAAACUGUCAAUGCACUUCUUUUUUUUGGAUGCACAGAAUUUGCAAUUCCUUCAGUCUCAUUCCAAACUGACAUCACAACCACUAAAAGCACUAACAUUAGUUGUGAUUCUUAACCCUGAUGACUUUAAAUGUUUCUUUUUAUGUGGAUAUAUAUUCUGCAGUUAUGGCCAGUUAUUUAACUGUCAGUAAAGUCAUCAGGCAUUCUGUAUCCUAAUCCUUGAUGUAAAACACGAGCUACCACAGAGAUUUGACGAUUGAUCCACAUUGCCAGCAGCAACUCAAAAUGAAAAAAGGAAACAGUUGUCUUGUUUGUGUUUAUGUCUCUGUCUUUCAAACAUAUCACUGUUGAUUGCACUUCUUGUUCUCAGCACAACCAUGCUAUUAAAUUUCUCUUUCUCUCUGCGUGUGUA